GUGUGUGAAAACCGCGUGUGUGUCCGAUAGCCGGCGAAAGGAAUCCUCCACUACGCGUACGCCCUCGUACGCUUAAUGCGAAAGUUUUGCUUCACAACAGUGACGCCACACAGCCACACGAUCAACUAUCAACGCGAGUGCGCACGGUGACGACACAAUCUCACAUCGCGGCUCGCUAACGGACAGCAGCAAAGGCAAACCGCGAAUUGACCCUUACGAGCGUUCUUGACGCGCACCAACACGCGAAUCGCGCUACGCUUCCCGGCAACGACGGCGUUACCUUUUUUCUGCAGAAUCUCUCGCAUCAGUUCGCAACGAGACUCCGUGCGCAGACGUACGCUGUUCGCUAGGAGCACACAUCCCUUUUCCCAACGACGACGAUGGCUGUCGAUCAAAAACUGGAGGAGCUGAUGGGAUUGCUUGGUGACUUUGGCCGGUACCAAGCAUUCCAAUUUGUGCUCCACCUUCUUGCCGCUGUAACCGCUGGUCUGCACAUGCUAUCACUGGUGACAGUUGCUGCAGUACCAGAGCAUCGUUGUUACGUAGAAGCAUUGGAUUCGGCUUCCGCAACUGCCAAUGGGACAGUCCUGCCAUCCUUCAGUCAGUUGACAAGCUACAUCCCUCUCAACGCAGAUGGAGAGCUUGAGUCUUGCCUGAUGUACGAUCCAAUCAUAACAGACAACAGUACGACCAUUUCAUGUAGUUCGUACGUGUACAACAACACCUAUUACCAGUCAUCGCGAACUAUGGAAUGGAACCUGGUAUGUGACAAGCGUUGGAUGGGAGCCCUCGGACAGACGAUCUACAUGCUGGGCGUGUUCACCGGUGCCGUAUGGUUGGGCGGAUUGGCUGAUAAGAUUGGCCGCAAGAAAGUUUUUUGCUGGUCGGCACUAAUGCAACUGAUACUGGGAGUUGCCGUCGCCUUCACACCAGAGUAUAUUUCGUUCCUGGUGCUGCGGUAUCUGUACGGCAUAUUUGGCAGUGCUGGAAGUUACAUUACAGGAUUCGUCUUGACGAUGGAACUGGUUGGGCCAAGUAAGCGGACACCAUGCGGUAUCUCCUUCCAGGGGGCGUUUGCCGGUGGUAUUAUGCUGGUAGCCGCUUGGGGCGCUCUGAUUCCUGACCGGAUGAUCUUGCAAGUCGUGUAUGGCUUGCAUGGUUUACUGCUGGUAGCACACUGGUGGAUAAUGGAUGAGUCACCUCGUUGGCUGUGGAUGCAGGGACGCAAACGAGAAGCGGUAAAUAUUGUUGACCGAGCUGUUCGCAUGAAUGGCCGUGGUAUGAACGUCGAUAAGGAGUACUACCUCGUAGAGGACAAAACUGCAUACACCGAGGAAUCGGGAGCCACCUCCGCCGGUCUCGGUGAUCUAUUUAAAACGCCUAACCUGCGUAAAAUGACACUGAACGUGUGUCUUUGCUGGUUUGCAAACUCAAUCACAUAUUAUGGUCUUUCGCUGAGCGCCGGCAAGCUGAGCGGAAAUCCGUUCCUGAUUCUGUUCCUGAUGGGUCUGGUAGAGUUCCCAAGCUACAUCUCAAUCAGCUACUUGCUCGACAAGCUCGGUCGGCGCUCGAUCACCAGCUCGCUCAUGAUUGUCGGUGGUAUUUGUUGCAUCGUAGCUGCGUAUCUGACACGAGGCAGCACCGAAUCGACGUCGAUAGUUAUGUUCGGAAAGCUGUUCAUUGCUGGUUCGUUUGCCGUCAUCUAUAACUACUCUGCCGAGCUGUUUCCCACCGUUGUCCGGAACUCUGCCAUGGGUCUUGGAUCGAUGUGUGCUCGUCUGGCGGGUGCACUCACGCCUAUGAUCACACUGCUCGAUUCGUUCGAUCCCAAGAUCCCGGCCGUGAUCUUUGGGGUAAUAUCGUUGGUUUCCGGUACUUGGGUUCUAUUUCUACCCGAAACCAUGGGUAAACCAAUGCCACAAAGCUUGAUGGACGGGGAAAACUUUGGCCGUGGGGACACCGCUUUUUCAAGUUGUAUGGGACGUAAUAAAACGCAUACAGAAGACUUUCCACCUCCGCAGCAAAUGGUGCCUUUAAGGAAAAACAGUCGAUAAAAUAUGUACCUACUGUUAAGAUUUGAGAUAAGAGAAGCGUAGCGAUUGGAUUAGUUAUGUCAGAAUCAGAUGGACCUUAAAUACAACAUG